AUGAACAAGAUCCGCGCGAUCCAGGAGCUCAAUAAGAAGGAGAUUGAGCACGGAAUCUCCCCCGAGGGUUCCUGGCACGUCGACUACCGCGACACGGCGUACAUCUACUUCGGCGGUCUCCCCUACGAAAUGUCCGAGGGCGACGUGAUCACCAUCUUCUCCCAGUUCGGCGAGCCCGUCUGGCUCAAGCUGGCGCGCGACAAGGAGACGGGCAAGUCCAAGGGCUUCGGCUGGCUCAAGUACGAGGACCAGCGUAGCACCGACCUGGCGGUCGACAACCUCGGCGGCGCGACGAUCGGCAGCCGCAUGAUCAGCGUCGACCACGCGCGGUACAAGUUCCGCGACGACGAGGAUCCGGACGAGGGCAAGGUGGACUGGGAGACGGUCGCGAAGCUGGAGGGCGGCGGCGGCGGCGACAAGACGGACGAGGGCUCUGAGGACGAGGAGGAGGAGGAGAGGCCGCAGCUUCCUGAGGAGAGGGAGCUCGCGCUCCUGAUUAGAGAUCAUGAUGAUGACGACCCGAUGAAGGAGUUCUUGAUCGAGGAGAAGAAGAAGGAGAUCCAGGAGGCGUUGGCGAGGAGGGGGGGCAAGUCGGAGAGGAAACACAGGCAUCGUCACAGGUCGCAUCGGUCACAUCGGUCGCGAAGACACGAUAGCGAUGAGGAGAUGAGGGAUGUGGAUCGAGAUGAGGACAGACACCGGUCUCGGAGGUCGCGUCGCGACGAGACGCCGGACGAUAGGGACAGGAGGGACGGAGAGAAGAGCUCUCGUCGGGAGAGGCGCCGGGGUGACUCUCGAGAGCGAGAGUCUAGGAAAGACGACAGGAAAGACGAUAGGAGUCGGAGAGAUAGGGAUCGUUCAAAGGACCGGCGGGAUCGGGACCGCGGCGGUGAUGAAGAUCCCAGACGGGAGCGGCGGCGCCGUCACCGGGAUGAGUCCGAGGAACGCUCCCACAGAAGGCCAAGGGAUCGCGACGAGGAGCCACGGCACAAACGGAGAAGCAGGAGCAGAUCACCGCAGGCUCGACGAUGA